AUGCUCGCAGCGUCGUACGUAGUUUUCUACGCAAUCGUGGUCAUCUAUGGCCUUCUUUGCGCCUUCCUUGGCUACGCUGCGAUCCACAUCGUGGCUAUCGGCGUCUUUGUCUUUGGCUACCUCGCGCUCGCGACGUUCGGCAACCUCAACUUUAUCGCGACGAUGCUGCUUCUCCUCUUUGUGGUCCUCGGUCUCGCCAUGGUCCAUCGCUAUGUCGACAUGCGUCAUACAAGCAUCCUCCUCAUCCUCGGCAAAGCAAUGCUCAACAUGGCAACGAUCGUUCUCGUCGGGACGUACCUCUUGGCGUGUGUCGUAAACCGCUUCGUCGCUUACGUGCUUUUCGCGGUCUACAUUGGCAUUGACGUAUAUGUCGGCAUCACAUACUCGGAGCGCAUCCGCAUCAUUGUCGUCACGUGCUGCCUUGGCGCCUCCAUCGUCAUCGGAGCACUUGCGGCGCUGUGGCUCGACGACCAGCAGACCAUCAGCGAGACACCGUGGCUGAAGCUUCCCAUGGGCAUUUGUAUUGCACUGGAUACGCUGUUGGCGACGCCCAACCAGAUCGGCGCUGCCAUCGUAACCCUCGAUGGCAGCAUCGUAAGCGCGGCUGGCGACUUGGCCGGCGACGAAGGGACCGACGCGUGCAACGUCGUGCGCCACAUGCUCCUCGACGUGGGCAACCUUUCGAUCUUGAAGGCUACGGACCCCCAGCGCGAGCUGCUUGAGAGCGUCACGAUUGCCUUCCCAAGCUACGAGUACGCAGUCUCUCUCGACGAAAGCCACUUGUACAUUGUCAAGUCGACGCCCGACGGCAUGAACUAA